UGGACACGCGCGCGCUUGUCUCUAAGCGACAGGCCUAACUCCAAACAGGCCUAACUCCGGAAAGGCCGUACUGAGGAGUGUCGAGUACCGAUGGCGUGGAUGUCCGAGCUCGGCUUUGAAACAGGCGCAACCCCUUUUUUCUCCCUGCCUCGUUUUCCUACUCCGAGGAGAGGCGGCCAAGGACUCUUCUCCUUUCCAAGGCGUUCUCGCCGCCUCCAACGCAGGCGGCAAAAUCGGGGCUCAACUGAUCCGGCCUAGACCGCGGGCGAUUUGACGGCCUUUGGAAAGCGGCGCAGGAAAGAAAGGCCCCUCCUUCUUCGUCUGGGGUCCCGAUGGCGUCCGCUCUGGAAGAUCCUGUUUUGAUUCGUCAUUUUAAAGGCCACAAAGAUGCAGUCACUUGUGUUGCUUUCAGUCCAAAUACUAAAGUGCUUGCCACCUCUUCUCUGGACAGGUUUCUCAUGAUAUGGAAUUUGAGGCCAAAUACAAAAGCCUUCAGAUUUGUGGGUCAUUUAGAAGCUGUAACUAGUGUACAGUUUUCACCAGAUGGAUACCUGUUGGCAUCUGCUUCUGAAGACCGAACUGCCAGACUAUGGAUUCCUUGCAUCCAUGGCGAAUCCACAUCAUUAAAGGGCCAUACUGCCCCAGUCCGCAGUGUGAACUUCUCAAAUGACAGUCAGUUUCUAGUCACUGCAUCUAAUGACAAGUCAGUGAAAGUGUGGAGCAUUUGCAGCCAAAAUCUUUUGUAUUCUUUAUCCCAGCAUACACACUGGGUGCGUUGUGCAAAAUAUUCACCAGAUGGAAGAUUAAUAGUGUCUUGCAGUGAAGAUAAAACUGUUAAAAUCUGGGAUAUAAGAAACAAGAUAUGUAUUAAUAAUAUAAUAGAUUAUGAUGGGUUUGCAAACUACGUAGAUUUUAAUCCUGAUGGUACAUGUAUAGUUUCUGCUGGUUCUGAUCACACAGUGAAGUUUUGGGACAUUCGAAUAAACAGAUUACUGCAGCGUUAUAAAGUUCACAGGGGAAGUGUUAAUUACACAUCUUUCCAUCCUUCUGGCAACUUUCUCAUAACAGCAUCUAAUGAUGGAACUCUUAAGAUUAUGGAUCUUAUAGAAGGAAGACUCUUAUACACACUUCAUGGGCAUGAGGGUCCUGUGCUUUCUGUAGCUUUUUCAAAAGAUGGAGAGACCUUCGCUUCUGGUGGCACAGAUACACAGGUGCUGCUCUGGAAGACAAAUUUUGAUUCCUCUGAAUAUAAGAAAGUUCUUGAAAGACAUGUACAAAGAUUACAUAGUGACGAUCCACCUCACCUCCUGGAUAUUUACCCUCAGUCACCUCAUCGCCAUGAUGCAAAAUCACAGGCAGUUGAGAUAAAUCCCAACUCUGAUGUAACAAAUAUGCAAAUAUUAGAUCCUCCUGUUGUAAACAUUGCUUCAUCACCUACUUAUCCUCCAUCAUGGCAGUUGAGAACGAAUCCAUCUGUAGCCCAUUGGCCUAUGCACCAAAAUGGGAUGAACAAUGAAGACAUCCAGCAUCCUCCCAUGUUACCUUCUCCAGCAAUGUUAAAAAGAAAUUUGAAAGGGGAAAUGAUGCACACUGUGGCUGGACCAGGAACCAUGGAUGAGUCUGUGGGCAUUUCACCAGUACUGACUACUGCCUUGGAACAUAUUGUGGAGCAAUUAGAUGUUCUGACAAUUACAGUUUCAAUCUUGGAACAGCGCCUGACUUUAACUGAAGAUAAAUUAAAAGAGUGCUUACAGAACCAAGGGAAACUAUUACAUUCGGUCAGACUGAGAGAAGAAACAACAUAAAUGCUGGUUUCUCUUGCUGAAGGAGUUUUAGCACAUUUUACUUUUAAGAUGUAUGGCAAACCUUAACAGAUCUGCAUGAAUAAUGAUCUAACAAGAGGAAGCCACUAAAUCAGUGGUGGGUUGCCCCUGGUUCGCACAGGUUCUAUAGAACCAGUAGUAAAACCGACAGGAGGCUCCGCCCACCGACCCCGACAUCAUCAGAAUGUGCAUGUGUUCUGUGCAUGCACAGAAGAGCAUGUGCAAGCGAAGCAAGCACGCGCACGCGGCCCCGUUGCAAACCAGUAGUAAAGGUAAGUAGAACCCACCCCUGCACUAAAUGUAUAUAACAUUAAAAGAUAAUUGGAUAAUAAAGCCAGCAAGAAAUUUUUUGGAGCAUGACUGGUCAUGACAACAGUUAUACUACUGUGGAAGGAAUGUCUACUAUCUAUAUUACAAAAUACCUUAGGGAAUCUGUGGUUGACUUUACAUAUCACAUUUAGCCAUAAAAAGAUCUGGCUUUGUAUGUGAAUCCAGCCACGGCAGUAUAUAUACAAGAUUUACAGCUCACCAUGUGUAAACCUAAUCAAUUGUGCUUCAUUCAAGAAACCAUUAUUAAAUAAACCACUGCUUAAUAUAAUGUGACAAAGCUUCCAUCUGCUCCAUUUAUAGUUAUUAUAUCAUUGAGAACUUCAGCAUUUCCCAGCCUGGGUACAAGUGUUCAGGAGCCAAAACAAGAAAACUAUGAUUAUUAGCUGCAAUUCAGCAAACUUUUCAAUGAAAGACAAUAAGCUCACAGUUUAAUACUGCCACUGAAGUUAAUCAGAUUGUUUUGUGUUGUUUUUAUUAGAUGAUGAUUACAACUGCCACCCAGAUAACUAUUUAAAUGUCCCUGAUAUUCAAGUCAUGCAUCUUGACCUAUUUCAAAGUAAUCUCUUCAGUCUCAAAAAACCAACAUUCCACCAUCAAUGCCAUAACAAUAACAGUAAUUCUGGUCUUCCAUUCACGUACUUUAAGAAAAUUCAGCAAAUUUCUUCAGUGAAUAGAUUUAAAUGGGGUAUUUUUCCUACUUUCCCGUGCCCUAUUUUAUCACUUUAUUUAAAAUGUUUUUAUAUAACUAAUCAAGUUAAUGCUCCAGAUUUUUAUAGGAUAAUUCCAAAUCAAAGCAAGCAAAAAGAUAAGCCAACUGAGUCAUUUGAUUUUAUAAUCUUGGGUAUUAUUUACAAUAUAUUUUCACAUUUAAGUUAGUUACAUCAAUUGUUCUUUAAUGGCAAAGAUCGUUAUACCAAAAUAAGUGAAUAGUACUAUUUGUGCUUUCAGAAAUAAUUUAGUGUAGCAAAAGGUGCCCAAUCUGUCAGAGCCACAGCCAUCUCCACAUCUUGGAUUCUCCCAUUCAAAAAUAGCUGCCAAUUACACUUUUUAAUGUUACAGAAAUAAACUGAUGUUACAUUGUUUACACUGAAUAUAAAUCCUUGCCCUGUCUGUUCUUGGCUCUACCCAUUGGCUACUCAUUGGCUUUACUAACGAGGCCUCUGGAUUGUUGAAAUGUGGCUAUUGAAUGAACAAAGUUAUGAAUUGCUGGCCAAGGACAUUCUCAAAGACACUGCCUCACAGCAUUGUUUGUACAAAUUAUGAAGACUUUCCUGUGAUUAAAAAGAUAUUCAGCCAUGUCCAGUUCACUGCUCUGAACAAUCUGCUAACAAUAGGGUGAAGUUAUAAACCUCUCAACUGAUCUCAUUCAGAUCUCCUUGAAGUCAACACACCCAGCUGAACAAAUAAAAUCAGACCAGUUAUACAUGACAAAACGCUAAUACCUCUCCCUCUAGGUUCUGAAUAUUGAGAGAAGGGGGGAAUUAGUAAUAUCAAUUGAGAGUCACCAGGAAAUGGAAAAGUCAUGAAUGUUGUCUUAUAAUGUGUGACAGUAUGUGCAUAUUGCAACUUUCAGUGAGUAUAAAUUGGCACAGCUGCGUGACUUGCUAUGGGCCAGCCAAGAAUGAAUGACAUUAUGAUUGUGCUGUCAACUGCCAAAUAUUCUUUCCCAUUUCUAAUAAUUACAAGUUGACUUCCUGAUUGAAUUUCUCCCACCAAUAAAGAUACUUCUGAACUCUUAAGAAAAAAGCCCCACCUCUACACAUUAUUAAACUGAGCAAUGUCUUUUUAAAAAGGUUCUUGAAGACAUAUUAACAUCUGCAUUCAACCCCUGGGCACACUCAUCCAUUGGCAUCGGUGGUAUUCAGCCGGUUCUAUCCGGCUCGGGCAAACUGGUAGCAGCGGCUGCAGGAGGCUCCACCAACCCACCCGGAUGUCAUCACGUCCUUUUUUUGAUUAUUUGCGCAUGCGCGGAAGUCCCUGCACACACGCACACUCACAUUUGUGAACCGGUAGCGAAAAUAAAUGAAUACCACCUGAUUGGCAUGAUAUGCUGAUGAUAACCAACCUUAUAUUUGGUUGUCCCAUGUCAACCAAAUGACGUUGCCGGACGCUUUCCCAUUGUCUGGAGACUGUGGGGGCAAGGCUGGGAGAGAACAGGCUUCAGCUCAAUUGUAACAGGACCAAUUGGCUGUGGGGGAACUGGUUCCCCCUGGAUCCAGACAUUUUUUUGUUUUUAGUUUAAGUGCUAAAGUUUUAGCACUUACCCAGACAGAGCUGGUGUUCAGUUGGUGGGAAGAGGGAGAGGGCAUCCUCUUGACUCAACUCCUGCUCAGAAAGCAGAUGGCAGCUGCUGUCAGGAGAGCCUUUGCACAGGUUCCAUUUGUGAGCCAAUUGUGCCAUUUUCUGUAUUAGAAAAACCCUAUUCUUAAUAACACUUGCAUUAAUCAUUUCCUGUAUGGAUUACUUUACCCUACAUGAAGGUGUUUUUGAAGAGUGUUCAGAAGCUAUGACAUGACCAGAAUGCAGUGGCAUGGACAGUUCUGGGCAUUUAACGAUCUGGAAAGUGCAAUUUAUCAUACAGAUAGCCCUUGACUAUUCUGAAGUCUACAUACAGGGUUGUAUUCUACAUAUGAACUGGUGUACAAGUAUGUGUGAGGCCUUAUACUUCUGGUACAUUGAGAAUUAAUUGUAUAAAAUUUAAUACUGGGAGCUCUCAAUUUGCAAUCACAACUGGGAUUGGAAUGUCCAUCGCUAAGUGUUGCAGUCAUUAAGUGAGUCGCAUCCUAUUUUACAACCUUUUCUGCUGUGGUUCUUAAACAAAUCUUUGUAAAUCAAACAGAUAUUUGCUAAAUGAAACAUUUGUUAAGUGAGCUUUGCCCCAUUUUAUAACCUUUCUUGCCACAGUUGUUACGUGAAUCAUUACAGUUGCUAAGUUAAUAAUGUUAAGUGAAUCUGGCUUCCGCAUUGA